GGGUCGGGUUAUUAGACCUGGGGUGUUACAUUACAUCACACAGUCGUCUCUAAUUACAAUUUGCCUUCAGAUGGAGAUAAAUUGCAGGUAGCCUAUGCAUUAGAGAAAGCAACUUUGAGUCUUAUCUUAGACUCUACAUUAAACAUUGGUUUAAAAGACAGGGUUCAUUCUCUUUUCAGAAAUAUGACUCCUCAAAAUGCUUUUAGAGUGACUGAAAUGGAGCUUGGAUUGAUAUAUGAUCGUCUUUAUACCAAGGCAACUUUACUCUAUGGACGUUACAUCUUCAUCCUGCGCCUCAUCACUUUUCUUCUCACCUGUUUUGUCUUCCUUUUCUUUACUUUUCUUCAAAGCAAAGACAAGUAUUCAAACAUUGACAUUUGCAUAACAUUCCUUUUACUAGCCGUAGGUAUUUUUCUAGACAUAUAUUCAGCAUUACUCAUACUCUCCUCAGACAGAUUUUACGCUAGGUUAAAUUUUGAUAAAAAGGUCUACACCUCAAAAUUCCGAAUUUGUUCUCAACCAUCGAAGGGUCCUAGGUGGUCAAAUAAAAUGCAUCAGAUGAGCUUUCUGAGCAGCUUCUUGAAGCUCCCGUGGUUGCGUUCCAAAUUGGUCUGUUAUGGAUUUGAAGAAAUCUCCGAAGACUUUCAAAAUUCAGUCUUCCAGUAUUUCAAAGAAAAAGCUGCCACAAGCCGAAGAGAAAACAAUAGUUUACAAGGAACAGAAGGCGAUGAUUGGAUGGGUAGUGAAGCUCCCAAGUUUGAGCAAGACCCGGCAAAAGCCAUUUUAUUCUGGCACAUUGUUACAGAAGUUUCCUUCUAUUUGGAUCGAGAUGGAGAGGAUACUAAGAAGCAGGCUGCUGAAAUUGUUGCAAGUUGUGAAAUUAGCAGACGAAUCUCUAGAUACAUGUUCUAUCUCUUAGUAAAGCAUCCUUCCAUGGUAUCCGUUGGCAUAACUCAGGUUAACCUUCAAAGGACAGCUAACACCGCUUACAGACUGUCACGUUACCAUUCAACUGAAAAAGAAACAUGCGAAAGUUUCUUGAGAGGAGAUACUGGAGGAGAUCAAACUUUACUUGAUGCGAUUUCGUGUUUCAGAAGAGUGAAGCAAGAGAAAGAGGAUUUAAAAGAGAAGUGGGAGAUGCUUCGUGAGAUUUGGAUGGAAAUGAUGGGAAAUGCAGCAAAAAAAUGCAAAGGGAGGGAGCAUGGCCAACAGCUUAGAAAUGGUGGAGAGUUCCUCACUCAUGUAUGGCUUCUCAUGGCACACUUUGGAUUAACCGACCACUUUCAGCUAUCAGACCAACAUCAUUAUGCAAAUGUGAUUGCAAAGUAGGUUAAGAGAGAGAAAGUAUGCCAUGGUAUUUGCUUAAUUAGUUUCACUUCACUCUGUUUUAUAAUAAUUAUUACUGGAUCCUGUGUGUAUGUGUGUACUUUAAUUAAGCUUUCAAAUAAACCAACUGUAUCUGUAUGUUUA